GAGCGGCUGUCGUGUUCGGUCGUAGGAACUCUCUGAGUGUUGCAAACUGGAAUUUAGUGCUACGGUGAUUCGUGAUUCCUAGUAUGUACGAUGGAUAUUCUACGAAAAUAGUUAUUGGUAGCAUGAAUGGGAAUUUUUCACUGUUCAUCAUCAAACAGAUCCGAAUUGAUCGGCCUAGCUUCGCCCAAUACAGCAGAGCAAAGUAUCAGAAAAUCGAAAUGAAAAACAUGGAUAUUUAUCAAGUUUUUUCUCAUGUUUGCAAUUUACCGGCAAACUGGCCAACAAAAUAAGUUUGGCUUCAGUGAAUUUCUACGAUGGAAACAGAGAGUAACGAAAUUUAAUUAAAUCAACGGACUAACUUCGGCAUAAACACCGAAGGUUGGAGAAUAUGGAAAAUGCCUUUCGCAACGAAGGGACCACUGCAAGAAAGAUCUGACUGCAGCGUCGUGCUAAAAAUAAUUCUCAAUGGUAACAAAACAGUGAAGUAAUAGAACCGAUCAAUUAAAAGUAUUUACAUGAACUAUGGAUGGACAGUCGGUUGGAGUAAGCGGGUCAACGAAGAACAAAGCUGUGAACUGAGCGAUGACAAAGUGACAGAGUUGGUCGUCUUCCAUUUCUUUUUCACAUCAAGAGUGGAUCUCUGCUUCCUUACACCGGGGAGAGAGAGAUAGGAAGCAAGCUACAACUACAGCAACAAAUCAAUUAGGCUCAAUAGAAUAGCGUUGUCGCAAUCAGUUCGAAAAUCGGUUUGAUUGGCCAUUUAAGCUAACAAUAUGUACGGUAUGUUGCUGGAGAGUGUUCAGCACUUCGUGCAGCUCGAAUAUGGCGAGCAUAUCUGGAGACAAGCAUUACUAACGACCGGUUGCAAGCUAACCGUGUUCAACACGUACCAGCAAUACCCGGACAGUCUUAUCCCGGACCUGGCGGCGGCGUUGUCGGCAAUUACCGGAAAGAGUAUCGACGAGUUCAUGGUCUUUUUCGGACGGUGCUUCGUGAGGUUCUUCAGUAAUUUUGGAUAUGACGAACUGAUAAAGGCUACGGGUCGUUAUUUUUGUGACUUUUUACACUCGGUGGACAACAUUCACCUGCAGAUGCGUUUCACCUACCGAAAGAUGAAGAGUCCCUCGAUGCAGCUGACCGAGAUGGACGAGAACGGUGCGGUACUGGUAUACCGUAGCACACGUUCUGGUUUCUCCAAGUAUCUACGCGGUCAGCUGAUGGAGAUUGCGAAGCAGCUGUACAACAUGGAUCUUAUCAUCAAGGUGCUGGAGAGCCAAAAUGAUGUCCCGGGUGGGACGACGGGCCCGAUUUCCAUCCAGGGUGGCUUGAAAACCGUCAUCGUGAAGUACCGGCUAGAUUUCGAUAACCGGGAGUAUAUGCAGAAACGUAUCCACAUUGAGGCGCACCCGUCGCAGUUGCAGCUGGCACCGGUGAACAGCAGCUUGCUGUUGGAUUUGUUUCCAUUUGCCUUGAUUUUGAACGAACAGAUGCAGAUCACGGCUGCUGGGGAGAAACUCAUCGAGUCUUGGAUGUUGAACAACGUGAGCUGUUCCCCAACGGAAUUGAUGGGUUCCAAGGUUACGGAUUACUUCAAACUACGGCGUCCGACGGGAAUUACUUUUACCUGGGAGAAUAUGAAGCGGCUGCAAACGGUCAAUUUCGAGAUUCAACUGCUGAAAGGUCCCUCCAUGAAUGGGACGGAGGAAGCUGCGGCUCUAGCGGAUUCGACUCCGCAAGAAUUCGAGGAUCCUACGAAGCUGAUGUCCGUUGCGCGACGUGGAUCUCAGGGUUUGAAAAGUAUUCUAUUGAAAGGUGAAAUGCGGUAUAUCAAGGACAUAAAUUCGCUGGUUUUUCUGUGUAGUCCGUUGAUUAACAAUCUGGAGGAGCUACGCGAAGUGGGACUCUACCUGAAUGAUCUCAACACCCAUGGCCUUAGUAGAGAGAUGGUUUUCACUGGAUUUUCGCACAACUCCCGGCUAGAUCUAAUGUGUGAACGUGAGGAAAAGCGAGCUGAAGAGCUGGAAACAUCGUUGGCCUUGGCCGAUUCGUGGAAACGACAAGGCGACGAACUGUUGUACUCGAUGAUCCCUCGCUCGAUAGCCGAACGGCUGCGAGAUGGUCUGAAUCCUCUAGAGACCUGUCAAAGCUUUGAGGAAGUGACUGUUUUGUUUGCAGAAGUUUCGGAAUCGCUUACGUCCGAUGACUCUAUCAAGUAUGCCAUGACGACGGUGAACACGCUGAACGCGGCAUUCAGUGCGUUCGACGAGUUAAUACAGUCGCCGAUGGCGUACAAGGUGGAGACAGUGGGCAAGGUGUACAUGGCGGUUAGUGGAGCGCCAGAUGUGAAUCCUUGCCACGUACAACACACGGCCGAUCUAGCGUUGGGAAUGCUGCAAAGCAUUCACGACCUAAACCUGCCGGGAGUUGGUGUGAAAAUCGGGUUUCAUUCGGGUCCAAUUGUAGCGGGAAUAGUUGGGCUGAAAGUGCCACGAUACUGUUUAUUCGGUGAUACGGUUAACACUGCUUCUAGGAUGGAAAGCAGCAGUGAUAUCAACACGAUUCAGGUUUCUGGAUACACAGCAAAGAAGCUGCAAAAGUAUGGAUACAAACUAACGUUCCGCGGAAAGGUUACGGUGAAGGGUAAAGGAGAAAUGGAAACGUUCUGGUUGAACUCUGCUCCCAGGGAUUCCGCGGUCAGCAAAAGGAUGACGAAAAAAUCAUGAAAAAUCAGCCAGUUCCUAAAGCCCAAUUAGACAACUUUCAACGUGCCUUCACAUAUGCAAUUACACAUUAUAGGUCUCAAUUUGCAAACUCACAAAGACUAACACUAAUGUUCUCAUAGUGGUGCGAUAAAUCUGUAUUGAUCAGAAGAAUAUAUGUUUAUAACUGUUCUAUAGAAUAUAGCA